AUGGGGAGCCUUCGGCUACCCAGGUGCGAGAUCACCUUUAAUAUUGGCCUCAGUGAAGAUGAUGCGUACCGGGGCAGUCAACUGGCCUUCUGCGGCAUGUUCUAUGCCGAGGACCACCGAAAGCAUUCCUUCACCUACCAGCACCGGCGCGGCUGGUGCGUGGUGCAUUGCGGCAAGCACCGGCACGGCGCCCUGGACAUCGACAGCGGGGAGCGGGCCUCCUUGAUUAUUUGGACCAAGAGCCGGUCCUUUCGCAGGACCCAGGCGCGGCGCAGCGGGGGGGGACCUUGUGCCAGGCCAAAAAAAGUGAGGUGA